UCGUGGGACUGCGGACUCGCCUGUGUGUGUAUGAUCCUGCGGGCAUUCGGCUACACAACAUGCUCGAUCCCGCAGCUGAUCCGGCAAGCAAAGACGGACUCGAUCUGGACGAUCGACCUGGUAUUUCUCCUGAACCACUACCUGCAAGCCGACUUCACAUACUACACAAAAUACGCCGGCAUUAACCCUGAGCACACCACCCAGGCGUUCUACAAGGACGAGCUGGAUGCCGACGAGGCCCGUGUGCAGCGGCUGUUCACGACCGCGCGCUGGGAGGGAAUUGGCGUGCUCGAGAUCGCCAUCCCCCUGCUGGACCUCAAGCGGUUUCUGGUCCACCGCCAGUACGUAGGCAUUUUGCUGGUGGACAGCACAGUGCUGAAGUGCGUGGCAUGUGAACGCGCCCGGACCACGCGCGGCGGCCAUGACCGCGACGGGUAUCUGGGCCACUACAUUCUGCUGAUUGCGUAUAUUCCGUCCCUGGACAUGUUCCUGUACCGCGAUCCGGGCAUCCCCGAGGAGUUCUGUGUGGCCAGCGCCCAGACCAUCGACAGUGCGCGCAGCCGUCCGGGCACCGACAUGGAUUGUAUUAUUCUCAAACUCAAGUAA